AAAGCUUUGGGUUUAAUCGUACACAUAAGUUCCACUUUAUAAGGGCCCAAGUCACUCAACUUCGGAUGAAAUGAAGCAAAUAUGCAAAGUAGAGUAAUGACACUUCUCUAUGGAAUUGUUGUGAUUCUUAGCUAUGUGGCUAUAAUUGAAGGUACAAUAUUAUUAACCAACGAUAUUAGCAAGUCCCUCAACCGGAGUAGUUUUCCAGAAGAUUUCAUUUUUGGAACAGCUUCAUCUGCUUACCAGUAUGAAGGUGCUGUAAAUGUUGGUGGCAGAGGACCAAGUAUAUGGGAUACUUUCACACAUAAUUAUCCAGGUAAGAUAAAGGACAAAAGCAAUGGAGAUAUAGCUGACGAUGGAUAUCAUCGUUAUAAGGAAGAUAUUGAGAUCAUGAAGGACAUCAACAUGGAUGCUUAUAGAUUUUCUAUCUCUUGGUCCAGAAUACUUCCAAAAGGAAAGCUUGGUGGAGGUGUAAAUAAGGAAGGAAUUAAAUAUUACAACAAUGUUAUCAAUGAGCUAUUGGACAAAGGUCUUCAACCCUUUAUCACUCUUUUUCAUUGGGAUCUUCCUCGAACACUUGAAGAAGAAUAUGGUGGCUUUUUAAGUCCUAAUAUAGUGAAUGAUUUUCGAGACUAUGCAGAACUUUGCUUUAAAGAAUUUGGAGACAGAGUAAAAUACUGGAUAACAUUAAAUGAACCAUGGUCCUUUGCCACACAUGCUUAUGCUGAAGGAACGUUUGCACCUGGACGAUGUUCACCCUGGCAAAAAGUAAAUUGCACCGGUGGAGAUUCCGCUACAGAACCAUAUAUAGUGACGCACAAUCAAUUACUUGCUCAUGCAUCUGCUGUCAAUAUCUACAAAACCAAAUAUCAGCCAUCUCAAAAGGGUAAGAUAGGGAUAACACUGGUGUGUCACUGGAUGAUUCCACUCUAUGAUACAAAAUUGGACCGUGAUGCUUCACAAAGAUCCAUUGAUUUCCAGUUUGGAUGGUUUAUGGAUCCAUUGACAAUAGGAGAUUAUCCAAGUUCCAUGCGGUCAUUAGUAGGAAGUCGAUUACCAAAGUUCACAACAUAUCAAGUCAAGCUUAUAAGAGGUUCAUUUGAUUUUAUUGGCUUAAACUAUUACACUACCAAUUAUACAACCAAUGCACCUGAGUUAAGUGAUGCCAAACCCAGCUACCUCACAGAUUCACUUGUUAUUGUUACAAACGAGCGCAAUGGAAUACCUAUUGGACCAACGGCCUCUUCAACAUGGUUAUCAAUUUAUCCAAAGGGAAUUUAUGACUUGUUACUCUACAUUAAAAUAAAGUACAACAACCCAUUGAUCUACAUCACUGAAAAUGGUAUGGAUGAGUUUGAUGAUCCAACACUUCCUCUUGAGGAAGCCCUUGAAGAUACACUAAGGAUUGAUUACUACUAUAAUCAUCUCUACUAUCUUCAAAACGCAAUACAGGAUGGCGCAAAUGUGAAAGGGUAUUUUGCAUGGUCAUCGAUUGACAACUUCGAAUGGAUUUUAGGAUUCACCUCGAGGUUUGGCUUAUUCUAUGUAGAUUACAAUAAUAAUCUCAAAAGAUAUCCAAAAAAGUCAGCCAUCUGGUUUAGAAAUUUUUUAGAACACAAAAUAGUUACACAAGGUGAUUCACACGAGUCCAUUUAUUUGUAAUUGAUAUAUAGAAUAAAUAUGUAUUUCAAUAUGCCAAAAGGAUUUCAGUUGCAUUUGCAUAAUACCUGUUCAAGGGGUAGAAAACUUACGUAAAUUGAGAAGCUCUUUAUUUUUAUUUUUCUUUUCUAAGUUACGUUCAUGA